UCCAUUUUCGGUUGUCGAUCCAAUAUGGGAAACUAUUGAUCCGAACCCUGAUAUUCAGGAACUUUUCAGCUACUAUAAUACUAUUUAUUUUCUUGGGGUUUUGCCUGGAUGUGAGGUGAAGUGGAGCUCUAGGAUGACAUCGUCGGCAGGAUUAUUUAGUUAUAAUGGUAAGCAAAAGUGUUCCAUUCGUCUUAGUCAGCCGCUUCUGCAGUAUCGACCUCGAAGAGAUACGGUUGAGACACUUUUACAUGAGAUGAUUCAUGCCUAUUUAUUCUUCACGAGUGAAAACAGGAAUCAUAAUGCACACGGACAUGAGUUUCGAUCCCAUAUGCAACGCAUAAAUGAAAGAGCAGGUACGAACAUAACUAUUUACCACAAUUUUUCCGACGAAGUCAAGUAUUAUCGAAAACACUGGUGGCAGUGUUCGGGACCCUGUCGUGAAAGGCCUCCUUAUUAUGGCUGGGUAAAACGUUCUGUCAACCGCGCUCCAGGAGAGAACGAUUUCUGGUGGAGAGAGCAUCAAAUAACUUGUGGAGGUACUUUUAUCAAAGUUAAAGAACCGGAAGGCUAUAAAGCGAGAAAGUCGACUAAAAGAAAGAACAAAAAAAACCAAUCUGUCGCUGGCCAAAAUUCUCUUGAACAUUAUUUCCCUGGCACAGGCCAUGUUCUUGGUGAUUUGUCUUCGCCCACAAGCUCUAAAAACGUAGCUGAGGUCGAGCAAACGCUUCAUGUUGAUGACAACGGAAUCAUAAGUCUUUCUACAUAUGUUUCGGAAAACGCUAUCAAUAGACAUCUGGAUCUAUGUAUCUUCGUAUCAUGA